UCAGUGUUGCCCACCCACGCCCGAACCCAAACCAAAGGUAAGGUUAAGCUGAUAGGGAAAGGGGGAUUGACUUAUAUACUUCAGCAUAGGCGAGGCGACCAAGAAAAUGUAGAAACAGAUCGUCCCAGCUUCAGGAAACAAUGGAGCUCAGCUGCUCACAUAUAUCAAGUAAAAAUUGGAUAAUAUGUGGGUAUACCCAUACCCUACUUGGUAGAUCGAUUUCUACCCACGCCUUCCACAUUGCACAUGGGUAUGUAUCUGGGGACUCGGUAGUCGGUGCAGGACUAAACAAAGCUAUGCUCAUAUUGGUUUCAUCUACUUUAAUGUGAAGAUGCACAAUGCUCUUUCAAAUAAAUGUUUCUAAACAUUAGUUAAGUGUCUUAUAUCUAAUUUGUAGUAUGGCCGGUACUGUGUGUUACCAUUAUCUAAAAAAUCUAAUUUGUAGUAGAGCUAUGUUUCUAAGUUUGUCCAUAAUGCACAUUUGUAGCUCAUCUUUGUUUUUGGUUGUAGAAUUCAUUGGUUCCAUAACAGUUUGGACAUUUCUUCUGUUUAAUUUGUAUGUGAACCAUACAAAGGUUAACUUUAUGAACCAUGCUUUGUAUAUUUGUGAUAUAGAACUGGAGGUAAUUUGUAACUUAUGUCCAGAUGUUAUUUGAUAUUAAGAAGCAUCCAAGAAAACUUGAGCGAAGUAAUCCAACAACAUAAUCAUUAUGUCUAUGAGGUGUCUGUCUUUGGUGAGAAGUAUGAGGUUGCAAAAAAGGUGAACAUCAAACUUGUUAAUCACCAGUGGUUGGAAGACUGCUUAAAGGCAUGGAAAAUUCUCCCAGUCAGUGAUUAUAGCAAAAGUAGUUGGGAGCUAGAAUUAAUGGAUACACAUGCCAUUGACUCUGAACAUGAAGCAGAAGCAUCAGAACCAAGGUCAUUGAACAAUAGGCCCAGUGUCAGUGGUAACAGAGAGGUGGUGGUAGGAAGGAAUUCGAACACUCCUGUUCAUAUCGUAAAUACAGAAGAUGACAACAGCAAGACACAUGGCAUUAGAGGCCGAAUCAGUGCUAACUCUACGGUUGCAGUUUCUGCUAAUGUUGAUGUGUUUGGACCCAUUCAAAGUCCUUCUGUUCAUAUCAUGAAUAUAGAAGAUGCAGACAUCAAUACCCAUGAUAUUACAGGCCAAGACAAUCCUGACUCUAGUUUGUUGCCAAUUUCUGCCAAGGUUGAUAUACUCGCUCCCAUUCAAUCUUCUGGUGAAAAGAGAGACACUGUAAGAACCACAAAUAGCCCAAAUCUGCAGGAAGUUAAAGAAAAAUAUGUUGGUGCAAGGACACAGGACCUUGCAAGUGGUGUUCUAGGUCCUCAAAGCACAAGCAAAAUGCCUGUUUUUAGAAAUCAUGUAGAUACCUUAAAUGGGACCCUGGACGUUCUAAAAGGCCAUACAGAUCAUGUUUCUCGAAAAUAUUCUGCCAGCCAUGAUCAGACUGAUGUUGCUGAAGUCUUAUUGACCAGUCCUUUGAGAGGAAAUCAGUCUGUGGACGAGCUCGAUUCAUCAAAAGUUGACAGAUGGCAACAUCAGGAGAAGGAUAGACCCUCAGGUAGUCAUAUCACAGCAGCUGGUUACUUAAAUGCCGAUGCCAAGCUCAACAAUCAUGAGUUCAAUCCGAAGCCUCGUAGUGAUUCCAUGUCUAACUACAUCAAGAACACAAAUAACUAUAAAAAGACCUCUCGGAAUUCAUUUUUACAGGAAGGGUAUUCAGUUAACCAUAUGGUAUCACCUCAGAGGGCUGAAGAAAGCACACUGAGAGGUUACUCCAAUCUUUCUACAUUAGAAACAAGACAGCAAAAGGUUAUUCAACCUGCUGAUGUUCAGAGCAUUGCAGGCAAUGAAAAUCCUAAGCGUGAGGAUGGACUAGAUGGUGCAUGUGCUCAGAAAAGGAAGAGCUUGGUCUCCCCAGCUAGCAUAAAUUUGCAAACGGAAGAUUUGGCGUCAGAAACUGGUCCUUUAGAUUCUCCAUUUGUGAGUAGAGUGAGUGAUGCAUCUGAAAGGAUAAUAAAUCUAGUUGAAGCUAAUGCUGUUAAUUUGGGAAAGGAACGCUCUAGCUUUUCUACAAGCAGACAAGCAAGAUCUAGGAAGACUUCUCUCAAGCAUGGUGGUCCCAUCAAUGGAAUCAAACUUUCUGAAUAUUCUUCAAGUGAUAAGAAUGUAAAAUCUUUACAGAAAGGAAGGAUGUCAUUCAAAGCAAUGACAGAAAGUAAAUGUGCCAUGAGUUCUUCAGCCACUGUUCAAGAUGGAAAAACAAGUGCAGGUUUCCCGUUUCAGGAUAAGGAUGGGGAAAGUACACACAGUAGUGGUAAUGCAGCAAAUCAAGAUUGCUUGAAUGAGAUAGGAAAUGCCUUCACAAAGGAUCCGGCACAUGACAAAUCUGUGCACAGUUCAAAUAAUUCACAAGUUGUGCCCUCUUAUAGAAAUGCCAGCAGUAGGAUAGAAGAUCCAGUCAAAGUUAAUGGUAAUGAAAUGGCAGUGGCAUCAAAUUCUGAACUUGAGAAGGUGGUGUCUGAUGCCACUGUGAAAGAAAGCACAAAACAAUUUCAAGACACUUCAAGGAAUGUCCAGGCUGAAACGAGUUAUUCAAAGAAAGCACCAACUACUAUAAGAAGGAAUGCAGGUGUCAAGAGGCACCGGAGCGCUGAUAUCGAGGCUGAAGGGUCAGUUAUCAACAGUGCUAAGAAAGUUGUUCCUGAAUCCUGGCCUGCCAAAGGGUCAGUUAUCAACAGUGCUAAGAAAGUUGUUCCUGAAUCCUGGCCUGCCAAAGUGAUUCAUGGUGAGCAUGCUGACCCAGCCUCUAAAAAUGGCUACAGCACAUCAUGUGCAGCUGAACUCAAAACAAAUCGUCCAAAGAAAGCAUUGAUCUGUAGAGUGACAAAUACUGUUGCAAAGAGGACACGGGGUGCUUGCGCCAAGAAAGAUGAUGCACGGGUAAGUUCUAGUUUGGAGUUCAGUAAAGUGACGUCUCAAGAAAAUUUUGAGAUAAUCUCUCCCAAAAAACUUGACACUGCAAAUGCUGAUGAACAACGAAGAAAUUCACCUAAGAAAAUACAGAACACCAGAGUAAGGAAUAGAGCCACGAAGAGGUCAUGGAAAUCUGACACCAACAUGAGCAAUGAUACAGUAAUGGACAAAGCUGAGACAGUGGCUGCUGGUGCAUUGUCUGAUGACUUGCUUCCCACAGACAAUGUUGAAGACUGGCCUAAAAAGCUUUCCAGUCAUGGAAGUGUUAGUGACUGUGAAACACUUUCUCCAAAAACCAUAUCAAAGGCCAGAAUUAGGAAUGCAGCUUCCAACAGGAAAAUAAGAACUGUAGACCACAAGUCCGGCGACAAGUUUGGCAAAAUUGGUAGUGCCGUUAAGUCUGAAACAAAAGCUUUUUCAUCAAACAGAACCGAAGGGAUUUCAUGCAAUAUCAGCAAAGUAAUUGCUGAUCCAGACUCCGAGAAGUCCAACAAGGAUGUGGUAAGAGAGGUGUCGGGGCUGUUUUGCCAAGAUUCUUGCACGAUAGACAAGCAAGGAUCAUACAAUUCUAAGUUGAGAAGCAGCACAAGGAACAAAGCUCCGACUCCAGAUCAUGAAAAGGAGAACAGACUAGGCUCUAGUGAUCUCAACUCUAAACCAAACAGAACUGGCAGUCUGCGUUCCAAAUCUGAUGCAAAAUCGAUCAAGAAAAACACGCGUGUGCUCAGUAAGCACCAAAGGGGAAAUAGAAGUGAACCUUGCACCUUGAUCACGAGCAAACCUGCAUUGUUUAUCUUAAGUGGAAAUAGUGAGCAGAGAAGGGGUUAUCGCUCGAUACUUAGACGGCUGAAGGGGCGAGUUUGUAGGGAUUCACAUCACUGGUCAUACCAAGCAACGCAUUUCAUCGCUCCAGACCCUCUGAGGAGAACCGAGAAGUUCUUUGCAGCGGCUGCAGCUGGCAGGUGGAUACUGAAGAGAGAGUACUUGACCGCGUGCAUUGAGGCCGGCAAGUUCGUGGACGAAGAACCGUUUGAAUGGUUCGGCACAGGCUUCAACGAUGGACGAACAAUCAGUUUCGACGCUCCCAGGAAAUGGCGAAACAUAAGGCAGCAGAUGGGCCAUGGCGCCUUCUACGGAAUGCAGAUCGUUGCCUACGGACAGUUCAUAUUACCAACUCUGGACACAGUAAAGCGUGCAGUAAAGGCCGGCGAUGGCGCCGUUUUAGCAACAUCGCCGCCAUACACCCGGUUCCUAGACUCUGGAGUCGACUUCGCCGUGGUAUCAGAGAGCAUAUCACGAACAGACGCGUGGGUCCAGGAAUUCAUCAGCCACGGCAUUCCCUGUGUCAGCGCCGAUUACCUGGUCGAGUACGUGUGCAAGCCGGGCCAGCCCCUGGACCGGCACGUUCUCUUCGAGACGAACUGCGUGGCCAGCAAGUCCCUGGAGAAACUCACGAAGAAGCAGGUAGAGAUGGCAACGGCGGAGAAGUCGGAACCGUCGGAAGACGACGAUCCGGAGGACCUGAGCUGCUCGGCGUGCGGCCGCAGGGACCGGGGAGACGUGAUGCUGAUCUGCGGCGACGAGGCCGGCGAGGCCGGCUGCGGGAUCGGCAUGCACAUCGACUGCUGCGACCCUCCCCUGGACGCCGUCCCCGACGACGACUGGAUGUGCCCCAGGUGCGCCGUGCCGGAGCCCGAGACCGAGACGAAGCAUGCUAGAGGCACCGAACGCAGGGGCAGAGGGUCCAGGCGAAGGUGAUCUUUCUGUACGCUGUGUGGUGGUCUUUCCAUGGUGUGUGGAUUACACGCGCUUACUUAAUUGAACAAAAAUAAAUGUACUACACGAAUAGUUGGAGGCAUUGUAUGUUUUUAGAAAGAAAAACCUUGUAGAAUGCCGCACGCUUCUGCUGUCCGUUCUCGCUACCUCCAGCAGCUUACUCCCAAUAUGUACACGAUCUGUUGGCCCUAA